UUACUCUUAAUCACUUUUUGAUUAACAAAACUAAUUUACUGCUCCUCCAUUGAGGGUUUUCUUCUUCUUCUUCUUCAACCUCCUUUGCUGCUAAAUCUUUCCAUGAUUCAGCUCCAUGUCUCUGCAAUCCUAGUCCGUUGAUUUAGGAUUCGUUUAGAUCGUGGUUUUUGAGCUCUGUUGAAGAUUCUCUUGAAGACAUAUGCUUGAAAACUUUUGGCUAACAGUAAGUCUUGUACUGAAUCAUGGCACUACGGCUACCAGCUUCUAAAGCAGCUGAAGUUGCGAUUGGAUCUAUUGGCUGCGGUUAUGAUCUAGCUAUUGAUGUAAGGUUGAAGUAUUGCAAAGGAGGUUCUAAAGAUUCAAGAUUACUUGAUAUCAAAGAAGGUGAUGAAAAUUGUGAGAUUGUUUUACCUGGUGGAAUCUCCAUUCCUAAUGUUUCCAAGUCUAUUAAAUGCGAUAAAGGGGAGCGUAUGCGGUUUAGGUCCGAUAUUCUUCCUUUCCAACAGAUGGCAGAGCAGUUCAACCAGGAACUAUCUUUGGCUGGUAAAAUCCCGUCAGGUCUCUUCAAUGCUAUGUUUGAAUUCUCUAGCUGUUGGCAGAAAGAUGCAGCCUACACCAAAAACCUUGCUUUUGAUGGUGUAUUCAUCUCAUUAUACACGGUUGCUUUGGACAAAUCUCAAGUGUUACUCCGUGAGCAUGUUAAGCAGGCUGUUCCAUCAACAUGGGACCCUGCUGCAUUGGCAAGGUUUAUAGAUAUUUAUGGGACGCAUAUAAUUGUAAGUGUUAAAAUGGGAGGAAAAGAUGUGAUUUAUGCAAAACAACAACACUCCUCAAAACUUCAGCCUGAGGAUCUGCAGAAAAGGUUAAAAGAGGUGGCAGAUAAGAGGUUCGUGGAAGCUAGCGCAGUGCAUAAUAUGGCUUCAGAAAGAGUACAAGCAAGUAGUAAGGUGGAAACAAAGGAGCAACGACUGAGAUUUGCAGAAACCAGUUCGUUGGGCUCUUAUGCAAAUAAGGAGGACAUUGUCUUCAUGUGCAAAAGGCGAGGUGGAAACGACAAUAGAAAUCUAAUGCAUAAUGAAUGGCUGCAAACAGUUCAGAUGGAGCCUGAUGUUAUCUCAAUGUCCUUUAUUCCAAUUACGUCUUUGCUCAAUGGAGUUCCAGGAAGUGGAUUCUUAAGCCAUGCCAUAAAUCUGUAUCUAAGAUAUAAGCCACCGAUUGAAGAGCUACAUCAGUUUCUAGAGUUUCAGCUACCAAGGCAGUGGGCACCCGUGUUUAGUGAACUUCCUCUUGGUCCGCAACGGAAGCAACAAAGUUGUGCGUCUCUGCAAUUCAGUUUCUUCGGACCUAAGCUAUAUGUGAAUACCACUCCGGUUGAUGUUGGUAAGAGGCCAAUCACUGGCAUGCGGCUCUACCUAGAGGGUAGAAGAAGCAACCGUUUGGCAAUUCAUUUGCAACACCUUUCCUCUCUUCCCAAGAUAUAUCUGCUCGAAGACGAUCUAAAUAAAAGUGUCCGGCAAGAGGCGCAUGAUCGUCGAUACUAUGAGAAAGUAAACUGGAAGAACUACUCUCACGUCUGCACAGAACCCGUCGAAUCAGAUGAUGAUCUUUCUGUAGUAACAGGUGCGCAGCUUCAUGUAGAAAGCCAUGGAUUCAAGAACGUGCUCUUCUUGCACCUUUGUUUCUCUAGAGUUGUGGGAGCAACACUUGUAAAGAAUUCUGAAUGGGAUGAAGCGGUAGGCUUUGCUCCAAAAUCAGGACUCAUCUCAACGCUAAUAAGCCAUCACUUCACUGCAGCACAGAAACCACCACCACGACCUGCAGAUGUGAAUAUAAAUUCGGCCAUCUAUCCUGGUGGACCACCAGUACCCACACAAGCUCCCAAACUUUUGAAAUUUGUGGAUACAAGUGAGAUGACAAGAGGACCGCAAGAAUCACCCGGGUAUUGGGUUGUAUCAGGUGCAAGAUUACUGGUGGAGAAAGGCAAAAUAUCAUUGAAGGUGAAGUAUUCUCUAUUUACUCCAAUAUUGGGAGAUGAAGUGAGUGAGGAACCCUAUGAAGGUUAAGUGGUAAUGGUGGUUGUGUGGCUCAAAGGGUUAAAGAGGGUGACAUAAAAUAGGAUGGGUGGUAGCGCCGUGCCUAUGUUGGUGAAAUAGACAUCUUCGCCUACGGCCCACUUUUAUGUAAUAAAAUCAUUCAAGCGACCAAUCCUAUAAUGUAUGUAUAGUAAUUGUGUGUUAAGUAGGAAACGUGAUGUACAUCAGAUUGAAAUAUUAGGAUGAUUCAUGAUCGCUUGAUAUCAUAACCAUCUAUUUUAUUUAUAUUUGUGAUUUAACUUUUCUUCUUUGUACUUGAUGAAGUAUGAUUUUUUCUUUUA